AUGGGAACCAGUGAAGAAGUGAAGCCUUCCAAACCAGAAAAAUCGUCUUCAUCUGCAACCGAUCAUAAUAACAUCCACGUGUAUCCUGACUGGGCGGCAAUGCAGGCUUACUAUGGUCCCCGAUUUGCUGUACCACCAUAUAUGAACCCAACAGUUGCUUCUCCUCAUGCCCCUCCUCCUUAUAUGUGGGCUCCACCUCAGUCGAUGAUGCCUCCUUAUGCGGCUCCGUAUGCUGCAUUCUAUGCUCACGGAGGAGUUUAUGCACAUCCCGGAGUUCCUCUUGCCAGUACCACUUUGAACAUGGAGACACCGGCCAAGUCAUCGGGAAAUACGGAUGGAGACUCUGUGAAGAAGCAGAAAGAGUUUGAUGGGCUGCCAAUGGUAAUAAGCAAUGGAAAUGGUGACAGUGCUGACCAUGGGACUGAACGUAAAAUGUCGGACAGUGACGAGACUGGAGGUUCAAGUGAUGGAAGUAAUGGAGUUACGCCACGGGUCGGCCAGAAGAGCAAGAAGAGAAGUAGGCAAGGUUCUCCUGACAAAGGAGAUAGCAAAGCCCCUGAGAAGACGGUCGAUGUAAUAACUGCUACUGCUGAUGUGCCCGUUAAACCAAUGGAGAACACAAACUCUGUAUUGAAACUCAAAAAUGUCAAGUCCAGCCCAGCUAAUGUUCCUUCACAAUGGAUGCCAAAUGAAGCCUGGUUGCAGGACGAACGAGAGCUGAAAAGGGAGAGGAGGAAACAGUCCAAUCGAGAAUCUGCUCGAAGAUCGCGCCUCAGGAAACAAGCGGAGACUGAGGAACUAGCUGGCAAGGUGAAGGCACUGACUGCUGAGAAUAUCUCCCUCAAAGCCGAGAUCAAUAAAUUAAUGGGAAACUCUGAGCAACUGAAGCUUGAAAAUGCUGCCCUCUUGGAGAAAUUUGAAGACAAGGAUAUCGAGUUUAUCGAAGACAAGAGGCUAAUAAAACCGGUUGGGACGGUCAACCUUCUCGAGAGGGUCAACAACUCUGACUCAAACCCACACGAGAAUCGAAGCCCACGGGCCAAGCUCCGUCAGCUUUUGGACACGAGCCCCAAGGCUGAUGCCAUAGCCGCCAUUUGA